AUGGCGGGUUCCAAGACAGUCACUAGCAUUUUGACCCAUUUAACUCGUGUUAUUCCUUUCUUGACGUUCGUCAACAACACCAAGAUGGAUGUGCUUAUUGAGUAUUUCCGGCAAAGUUUAGAUUUCAACCAGUAUGACAGAGAACACAGUACCGAGCAGGCCGUUAAACUGGAAUUGUUCUGUGCUCUCACUUCGGGUAUUGACCACAACGCUAUAGGCAAUACUUUGAAGGAUCGCCUAGUGGCUUCGAAGGUGGUCUACACUGCGCUGGAUUAUCUCCUUCAGAAUGCGCCUACCAUCCGCUCGGCCAUCGCCCGAGACAGUCCCGAAUGGAAAGAAUUCGUUGCAAAACCAUCGUUGAAGUUUGUUUUGCGUCUCCUGACAGGGUUGGCUCACAGUCACGUCACAACCCAAUUGGCGUUAGCCGUCGAUUCGAUUCCACUCUUUCAUCAUUUGGAACAAAUUUCAUCCGAUGAACACGUUGGUUCUCUUGCUGAGAAUUUGUUAGAGGCCAUGCGAGGCCAUCCUACGGUUGCCGAGCGGAUUGAAGAAGUUCGCCAACAGACAAAACGAGAGAAGAAGCGGUUGGCUAUGGCGAUGAGAGAAAACAACUUCGAGCUCUCGGAAUGAAAACUAACGCACUUGGUCAGGUUAAAGCCGAAAAUCCCAUUCUACAACAGUUAGUUGAUAUGGGAUUGGGUGAAGAACCUGGUCCCGUCUGCGUCAUCUGUCGUGAAGGUUACCGCUUCCAGCCGGGUAGAGUGUUGGCCAUUUACACUUUUAGUCGACGCUGCCAACUGGAGGAUCUCGAGUCCCAGCUUUGGUAUGGCUCACCGCAUGCU